AUGGGGUCCUCACAGUCCCCCACAUUCAUUGGUCUCAAAGGCCAAAGCCUCGUCUAUGCCGUCACCUUUUGCUGCUCCAUCGGAUUCCUUCUUUUUGGCUAUGACUUGGGGUUUAUGGGCGGGUUGACGACCUCGCCCGAGUUCCUGGGCGUGUUUGGGAAUCCGGGUGCUUCAAUGCUGGCGUUCCUAGUCUCAUCCUAUGAGGUUGGGGCGAUGCUGGGUGCAGUAUUUCAGUUCCUCCAAGGGGAUCGAUUCGGCCGCAAGCCCAACAAUCUGGCGGGGGCAGCAAUUGUCGCGAUAGGAGCAACUCUUCAGGCGUCAACCUAUGGUCUAGCCCAGUUUCUUGUCGGUCGGAUCGUGGCCGGUUUUGGACUGGGAAUGAUGACGACGGUCAUUCCAAUCUGGCUGUCCGAAUGUACCUCGCCAACAUCGCGAGGUCGGAUGAUGGCUAUGCAGCUAUCCAACCUCAUUGUUGGCCUCAUCUUGGCUAACUGGCUCGACUACGGGAUGGCAUCGUACACUGGGUCAUUGCAGUGGCGAUUCCCAUGUGCAUUCCAAAUUAUCUUCUCUUUUAUCGUCCUCGUCUUCAUGCCGUUCCUUCCCGAGUCGCCUCGAUAUUUAUGCACACGGGGUGAGAGUGGUCAGGCGAGGAUAUGCCUGGCUGCUCUACGUGGUAAAGACAUCCACGAUCCUGAAAUUGUGGAGGAGCUGAAAGAGAUUCACUUCGCUAUGACUGUCGAAUCGGAGGAGGCUGGUUCGUGGAGCGACGUUUUCAAAGACAACGGCAUCAGUGGAUUCACACGGGUUGCGAUCAGCUUCUCGGCCAACUUCUGCCAACAACUGUCGGGAUGCAACGUCAUGUCGUCUCUUGGCCCUUACGUCUUCCAAGACUCGAUUGGCAUGUCCAGACGGGAUGCCUUGCUUGUUUCCGGCGGCUUGCAGGUGUUUUAUUUCCUGAGCAGCCUGAUUCCUUGGUACGCCAUUGACCGCGUUGGUCGUCGCAAGCUCUUCAUGACGGGCUCCACAGGUAUGGGCGUCUGCAUGUUACUCUCUGCCGUUUUUGUGGGCAUCGGGACUAAAGGCUUUGGCUAUGCCGCCGCGGUGGUGCUUUAUAUCUUCCAAACAUUCUUCACACUUGGGUGGCAAUCGAAUAUGUGGAUCUAUCCCAGCGAGCUGCUACCCCUCAAACUCCGAUUACGAGGUGGUGCACUGGCGGUUGUUUCACAGUGGUUGUUUACCUUCCUGGUUGUCGAAAUCACCCCUGUGAUGAUUACAAGCAUUGGAUAUAAAAGCUACAUUGUCUUCGCAGUCAUCAACUUUACCUGUGUUCCACUAGUGUAUUUUACUUAUCCUGAGACCAGCCAGUUGCCGCUCGAGGCAAUUGAUUUGUUCUUUGCCGACCGUGACGGUAAACGGCCAUCAAUUUGGCGCGUUGUCCAGGAUUCAACAAACAAGGAGUUUGUGGCGGAGAUUGAAAGGCAGUUACAAGAACGGGCAGCAAGUAGAGCCGAUAUUCAUGAGAAUGACGAGGGGUCCAAAGCGAAGCAUCUGGAAGUCGAGUCUGUGUGA